GCGUGUGUAGACAUCCGGGUACAGUUGACGGUCAAUUUAAAAAAUACAGUUCUAUCAACAACACAAAUCGAUCCUAGACAGCUACCAUUGGUAGAAUGGACUUGUAAGAGCAAUGUCAAGAUGCCGGGUUUUCCCUCCCACAAAGACACUCCUCUCCUUGUGGCGCUAACGUUUCCGCGUGCAUUAGCUAGCUAGAUAGCUGUCUGUAGCUAUCUGUAUCUGUCGCGAGUGGAACACAUGGAUAACUUCGUUUUGUAACUUCAGUAGUUAGCGAACGCAGUUGUUAUAAUCAUGCUCCUGUCAUGGUUUCUACAUUUCAGCUCACCAUCCAGAUGCCUUCUACUAAAAACGUGUAAGCGGUGUUGCCAAUACAGUACAGGAAGGAACGUCCAUAAACUUGAUUCACCAGUGUUGUUUAAGAACGCAGUGCCAUCGACAUCCAACCGCAGUGGUGGACACGGCGGAAAGCGGAACGACAUUAGGUUGAAUACCUCUCAGAAUAAAUGCUUUUCAUCUGAAGGUGACGAGGUUGAUCAUCAUCGUGAACAUGGUGAAGUAAGAGUGAGGUUUGCUCCGAGUCCAACAGGUUUCCUGCACCUGGGCGGGCUGCGUACAGCUCUCUACAACUAUAUCUAUGCUAAGAAGUAUGGAGGGAGCUUCAUCUUACGUAUGGAAGAUACAGAUCAGAGCAGACUGGUGCCGGGAGCUGCGGAGUCUAUAGAGGAUAUGUUGGAGUGGGCUGGUAUCCCCCCAGGCGAGAGUCCCCGUCGAGGGGGUGAGUACGGUCCCUACCUCCAGUCCCAGAGACUGGCCCUGUACACCCAAGCUGCUGACUCCCUGGUCCAGACAGGGAAGGCCUACCACUGCUUCUGCAGCCAGCAAAGACUAGAGUUACUGAAGAGAGAGGCCCUGCGCAGCGGACAGACACCACGGUAUGACAACAGGUGCAGACACCUCCGCCCAGACCAGGUAGAGGAGAAGCUGGAUCAGGACGUCCCCCAUGUGAUCAGGUUCAGACUGGAGUCUGGAGUAGAACCCUUCAACGACCUGGUCUUCGGAUGGAACCGCCAUGAGGUGGCCCAGGUUGAAGGAGACCCUGUAGUGAUAAAAGCAGAUGGAUUCCCCACCUACCACCUGGCUAACGUAGUGGACGACCACCUGAUGAAGGUCAGCCACGUCCUGAGAGGAUCAGAGUGGCUCAUCUCUACCCCUAAACACCUGCUGCUGUACAGGGCUCUGGGCUGGAAGCCCCCGGUGUUCGGACACCUUCCUCUCCUCCUCAACAGAGAUGGCAGUAAGCUCUCUAAGAGACAAGGAGAUAUCUACAUACAGAGUUUCCAGAGGAGUGGGGCCCUACCUGAAGCACUACUGGAUAUCACCACACACUGUGGAUCUGGCUUUAACAGUAACCGUGUGGGUCGUAAGAUGGAGGAACUGAUCGCUGAGUUUAACCCGUCUAAGAUCACCACCCACUCUGCCCUGCUAGACCUGGACAAACUACCUGAGUUUAACAAGAUCCACCUGCAGCAGCGUAUCGAUGACGCGGAGCAACGUGAUUGGUUGGUCAGGGAUCUGCAGGGGCGGAUCCAGGAAGUGUACGGAACACAGGUCCAGGAUCAGGAUGUUCUGCGACCAGAUUACAUCACACGGGUUCUACACCUGCGCAAGGGUCAUAUCUCCUCUGUAUCUGACCUGCUGUCCUCAGAGUAUUCAUACCUUUGGGUUCGACCUUCUUUCUCUGACCAACAGAUGGCAGCACUCAGCUCAGAGACACAACACAUUGCUACUCUGGUCAUACGGUUGAUGGAGGGUCUGAGAGGAGGUGAGGAGCUGGCAGUAGACCAGCUCAGUGGAGAACUGAAGACUCUGGCUAAGAAGACCAGCAACACUAAAUACAGAGAUGUUAUGAAGAUUAUACGACUGGCCCUCAGCGGACUACAGCAAGGUCCCAGUGUAGCAGAGAUGAUGGUAUCGUUGGGACCCAGUGAGAUCACACAUCGCUUCAACAGAGUUCUACAGCAACUCUCACGGCAGCACUGAACACUGUGGAAGCGUACCAAAUGGCACCCUAUUCCCUAUAUAGUACAUACUUUUGUCCAGGGCCCAUAGUGCAAAAGCAGUGCUGUAUACGGAUGGGUCACAAAUGGCACCCUAUUCGCUCUCGCAGCAACACUGAACACAAGGUUGUAUUAAUUUGCUACCAAUCGGAAGAGAAAACAGACUGAAACCGGCAGGGACUACUUGAACUUGUCCAAUAAGAAACGUACAUUUUCGUAUUCCACUUCAAAACGUUUUGCUACGUUGUGCCAUAAUGAAUAUGACCCUGGUUCAUUAACUUCUUAUUACACUGGUUACCUUAUUCUAACAGGUUACCUUAUUCUAACUGGUUACCUUAUUCUAACAGGUUACCUUAUUCUAACUGGUUACCUUAUUCUAACUGGUUACCUUAUUCUAACUGGUUAACUUAUUCUAACAGGUUAACUUAUUCUAACAGGUUACCUUAUUCUAACAGGUUACCUUAUUCUAACAGGUUACCUUAUUCUAACAGGUUACCUUAUUCUAACAGGUUACCUUAUUCUAACUGGUUACCUUAUUCUAACAGGUUACCUUAUUCUAACAGGUUACCUUAUUCUAACUGGUUACCUUAUUCUAACAGGUUACCUUAUUCUAACUGGUUACCUUAUUCUAACUGGUUAACUUAUUCUAACAGGUUACCUUAUUCUAACAGGUUACCUUAUUCUAACAGGUUACCUUAUUCUAACAGGUUACCUUAUUCUAACUGGUUACCUUAUUCUAACAGUUUACCUUAUUCUAACUGGUUAACUUAUUCUAACAGGUUACCUUAUUCUAACAGGUUACCUUAUUCUAACAGGUUACCUUAUUCUAACUGGUUACCUUAUUCUAACAGUUUACCUUAUUCUAACUGGUUAACUUAUUCUAACAGGUUACCUUAUUCUAACAGGUUACCUUAUUCUAACAGGUUACCUUAUUCUAACUGGUUACCUUAUUCUAACUGGUUACCUUAUUCUAACAGGUUACCUUAUUCUAACAGGUUACCUUAUUCUAACAGGUUACCUUAUUCUAACUGGUUACCUUAUUCUAACUGGUUACCUUAUUCUAACAGGUUACCUUAUUCUAACAGGUUACCUUAUUCUAACAGGUUACCUUAUUCUAACUGGUUACCUUAUUCUAACAGGUUACCUUAUUCUAACAAUAUUCCUGGACUGUAUAUGAUCUCACUCACACUGGACUUGUAAUGGACAUUCAGUCAAGUUGAACUGAAGACCAGAAAUGUUUGCAGUAAAACCGUUUCUACUAAUGAUCAAUGCACUGUCUUCAGUGGGAACUCUAAAUGUAUUCCACAUUACAUUGAUUAUGGUUGAUUGUCCAUAAGAUGGAAUGUUAGGUAUGUGGUAAGGUCAGUUAGUUGGCCCUCUGAUGUCACAUAGGUUGUUUUCAUUUGUAAAGCCCUUUUACAAAAAGUCUCACCGCACCUAACCCGUUUACCACACCCUGGUCUCAGGGAUGGUUGACUCUGGAAAUUCCUUUUGUCUCUACUGAGUUACAGUAGGUAAAUCAGUUUUUUUUAGUUUUCUUGCGCCUUAUUUGUGGGACAAUCUUCAAAACGUUGUUAAAUGUUAUGUUCUGGUGCCUCUAGGGGCAAUUCAGAAAGCUGAUUGAGGACCUUAUUAGUGAUGGUUUUAUGUCCGUGUUUUUCUUUCUGCUUGCAUCUUGUGUUUGUUUUCUGUAAUUGAUCUAAUUCAGGGCUUAUCUGUAAAAGAGACCUUGGUCUCAGUAUGACUCCCUGAUAAAAAAAAAUAAAGGUUAAAUAAAAAUAAA